AUGCACUCUCUGGCUCAACAUAAUAACCCUCAAUUACAACAUUAUUUUCAAUUGCAACAAGCUGCAACUUCUGCCUUGGCUACUCCGAACCAACUAAACGUUGGCGGUGCAACGAAUUUAAGUUCUCACCUUCAAGCCCCAAAUCUACUCGGACUACCCCUUGGAGGUGAUCCCUGGGGCACUGGUACAGGUGGUCCAAUACCUUUACCGAUGCACCAUCAAAAGAUAGAAGAAGAAAAGAUUUAUUCCUUAGUUACAGAAUUAACAAAUCCGGCAAAUCGUGAGCAAGCUUUGGUAGAAUUGAGCAAAAAACGAGAGCAAUAUGAGGAUUUGGCUUUGAUAUUAUGGCAUUCUUUUG